UGUGAGCGCGUUAGGCAGAAAGCACAGACACUGAGCUUAUCAAUUUAAUCAAUUUAACUGAUUAGAUUUUUAUUCGUGUUUGUUUUAUUUUUCAAUGGAAACUUUAUCAGACAAAAUCGUUUACACUCCUGUUUAAUAAUAAAAUGGCUUUUAAAUCAUAUUUCUCUUGGAGGAGCUGGUGAAACACAAGGGAAAGCAAGACAAGCAAGCUAGACAUUUUCAUUUUUCUGGAAAAAAAACAAACAAAACAAACAUUUGCCUUGGCAUGGAUUCGACGUCCGAUCAAACUCCUAAGGGUUCGAAACGUUCUCCAAGAAAAACACCACAGAGCUCUGGCAAGCGUGGAAACAGCAAACGCAGCCAGAAACCUGGAGGUCUCCAGGAGGCUAGAAAUAAAGGUAGACGGGACCGAGGCAGAGCAGAAGAGGAGAUGACCAACAAACUCAAAAGCAUGAAUUUGCACGACAAGCCAAAGGUGACUGGCACUGGCCUGGUUUACUCCGAAGUCUUCUCCCGUUAUCGCUGCCUGUGGGACUCCAGUCACCCCGAGUGCCCGGAGAGAGUGACCACUAUAGUGGGGAUGAUGGAGAAAGAGGGGUUGCUGUCUCGCUGCGUGCCUGUGGAGACGAGAGACGCGUCUGACGAGGAACUGUCUCUGGUUCACACGAAGAAAUACAUUGAUUUCAUGAGGUCCACCCAGAAGAUGACGGAGGAGGAGCUGAAGUGCGUCUCUGAUCGCUACGACUCCGUCUACCUCCAUCCUGAAUCUUUCUCAUGUGCCUGUCUCGCGGCCGGCUCUGUCCUCCAGCUGGUCGACAAGGUGAUGACGUCGGAGCUACGCAAUGGCUUCGUUGUGUGCAGGCCGCCGGGACAUCACGCCCAGGCCGAGGUAAUGAACGGCUACUCCUUGUUUAAUAACAUCGCAGUGGCAGCACGGUACGCUCAGAAACAGCACGGUGUCCAGCGGGUUUUGAUUGUGGACUGGGACGUGCAUCAUGGUCAGGGGUUCCAGCGCAUCUUCCAGGAGGAUCCCAGUGUUCUGUAUUUCUCCGUACAUCGGUAUGAGGAGGGUUCGUUCUGGCCUCACCUGCCCGAGGGAGACAGCACCAGUGUGGGGUCAGGACCAGGCGAGGGCUACAACAUCCACGUUCCCUGGAACAAGACAGGGAUGCAGGACGGAGAUUACGUCACAGCGUUCCAGAGAAUCCUGCUGCCUGUAGCCUAUGAGUUUCAGCCUCAGCUUGUGUUCGUAGCCGCAGGCUUUGACAUGGUGGCUGGUGAUCCAAAGGGUGAGAUGUGUGCGAGUCCCCAGUGUUUGUCAGUGCUCACUCACAUGCUGAUGGGUCUGGCCGAGGGUCGGAUCGUGCUCGCCCUGGAGGGAGGCUAUAACCUGCAGGCAUCAGCAGAGGCGGCAUGUGCCAGUUUGAGGUCACUCUUGGGUGACCCCUGCCCUCAUCUGAACUCCCCAGGUGCUCCGAGCGAGAGUGCUCUAAAGUCCAUCUCCAAGACAGUUUCCGCUCUGUAUCCGUUCUGGACCAGCCUGCAGACUCUGGAGGGAGGCCCUCUUUCCGAGGGAGAGCCCUUACCCUCAGCUGUGUGUGUGGAGAAACUGGAAUCGACCGUAAAAGACACUGGACUCGUUUAUGACGAGCGCAUGAUGGAGCAUCACAACAUGUGGGACAGCCAUCACCCCGAGCACCCUCAGAGAAUAUUCCGGAUCUUCUCCUACCAUGAGGCCUUGGGGCUGGUGGACCGCUGCAAGCGGAUACCGGCUCGUUUAGCCACAGAGGAGGAGAUCGGACUUUGUCACGGACCAGAGUACAUCGCUACAUUAAAGAGCACUGAGCAGAUGAAGUCCAGAGACCUGAACAAGCUCGGGAACGAAUAUAAUUCUAUCUAUAUCAGUAAUGAGACGUAUAAGUGUGCACUGCUGGCGGCUGGAGCAUGUUUCAAUGUAACUCAGUCCAUCCUUACUGGUCAGGUGAGGAACGGCGUGGCUAUCGUACGCCCCCCUGGGCAUCACGCAGAACGAGACCACGCCUGCGGCUUCUGCUUCUUCGACACGGCUGCCCUGACCGCCCGCUACGCUCAGAGCAUUACCCACAAUGCCCUGCGUGUCCUCAUCCUCGACUGGGACGUGCACCAUGGGAACGGCACCCAACACAUUUUUGAGGAAGAUGACAGUGUGCUCUACAUCUCUCUUCAUCGCUACGAAGACGGCACGUUUUUCCCCUCCUCAGAGGACGCCGGUUGCGACAGGGUGGGCCGAGGGAAAGGCGCGGGGUACAACGUGAACAUUCCCUGGAACAACGCCAAGAUGGGCGACCCGGAAUACCUAGCAGCCUUCCACCAUGUGGUGAUGCCGAUAGCACGAGAGUUUGCCCCGGAGCUGGUUCUGGUGUCGGCCGGGUUCGAUGCCGCUCGGGGUGAUCCGUUAGGAAGGUACGAUGUGACCCCGGAGUGUUACGCCCACCUCACACACCAGCUGAUGAGUCUAGCAGCCGGACGAGUCUUCAUCAUCUUAGAGGGAGGUUAUAACCUCAACUCCAUCUCCACAUCCAUGGCCAUGUGCACCAGCAUGCUCCUGGGUGACACGCCCCCCCUCCUGCCUCCUCUGCCCCCUCCUAACCCCAGCGCUGUCACUAGUAUCAACAAUGUCCUGCGAGUACACGCUCCCUUCUGGAGAUCUCUUCGAAUACAGAUUCCAGAGUGUCUUAAACCUAAAGUCAAGCACACGACUGCAGGGAAAGGUAAACAUACACCUCCUCGGUUCACCCCUCAACAACAACCCCAACGUACCCCAGUGAUGACAUCACCAACAUCGCCCCCUACUGAUCAGGACUCGGGGCUGGAUGAGCUCACUCAAGGUCUGCACUCUCUCGACCUGAGCACCUCUACCAUAUCUGCCAAUUCCAGCCCCGCCUCUGUCCCUGUGGGCGGAGCUAGACCUAAAAUGAAGCCCAGCCCCCAGGGGAAAUCCUCAGCGGUGCCGGAGAUGUCGCCCGUCCGAGUGAUCGAGGGCGGUGAUGUGAAAGCUGAGUCCACGCCCAUCAAGCAGGAGAAACAGUCAGAAACGGAAGCGGCUGAAGCGCCGGACGCUGGGGCUGUGUGCGAUCAGGUCAGUCCUGCGAUGGAAGGAGCGUGCGGUUACACCAAGAAAUCCGUCUUCGAGCUCGUGGGUGGAGCCGUGGACAUGGCCGGGGACACGAUGUACGUAGUGGACCCUUUGGCCUGGUGCCCACACUUGGAGUCGGUGCGUGCCGUGCCAGCAGGGGGCAUCGACGUGUUCCGGCCGUGUGAGGAGUGCGGCGCUGAAAACGAGAACUGGAUCUGUCUGUGCUGCUAUAAGGUUUUGUGUGGGCGUUUUGUGAACGAGCACAUGGUGGCCCACGGGCAGAUGUCCUCUCACCCUCUGGUCCUGAGCUUCGCCGAUCUAUCAGCGUGGUGCUACUCCUGCGAGUCCUACGUCCACAACGAGGUGCUGUAUGAAGCCAAAAACGCUGCUCAUCUUGCUAAGUUCGGGGAGGAGAUUCCCCCAAUCAACUAAUCCAGCACUGAAGAUGAGAAGAUUCCUGUGCAAACAAAAAGAGAGGGAGAGAAAGAGAGAUGCGUUUGCGUGUGUAUGUGUGUGAAUGUUUGUGUCUGCUUGUGCCUGUUCAUGCAUCUAUGAGGAAGUAACGAGCAGUUAUUACAGGAUGCAGCUGAAUGUGUGUGUAUGAGUGAGUGAGAAACUGUUUUCACACUGAACACUCGUCUUCAUUUCCAAACUCCUACGCGUCCUCCACUCUGCAGGAGAGCCGUCCUCAUUAUCCUGUUGCAGUUCCACCGGACCAGCGUGAGAGAGAUCACGCGUUUCUCCUCCGCCGCUCCGGUGCCAAAACCCAGAUCAUUUGAGCGAAGGUUAAUCGUUUCAACAAAUCUCUCCAUUCUUUACGCGUUCCUCGUACAAACAGCACAGGAGCAGCUUCCUCGUCCUUCUGAUACUCAGAGAUAAAUGAAGCAGCUUCCAAAUGAUUGUUUAAUUUAAUAAUGAAUAAAAGAAGAAGGUUAAACAGUGACCUCAGUGUUAACACCAGACAGACGUCUGGAAUUCAGCACCAAGCCCAGCGUUCAUCACACUGUUAAUCAUGUUCUUGAUGAUGAUGAUGAUGAUGAUGAAGGAUUAUUCACAGGCCGAAAUUCAUACCAUUCCUUUACUUCACAAGCAGUAUCUAAUGCAGAGGUUUCUGUAACAUAACGUAGUUCUGAUCGUUCAAUGUUCUCUUGUUCUGUUCCUACUUUCCAGGUUCUGUUCUGUUCUGUUCUGACCUUUUUGAUCAAACUUUGUCUGUAAAACUGUAAUUGUGAGUAAAGCUUUUGUAAACUUCAUUUACUCAAAUACACUUUAAAUAUGCGCAGCA